AUGGCACGUCGGGCUGAUCUUGAUAAGAUAGGGAAGGAAGGAUUCGAUAUGAUGGACGAGUACGAUAGAACUGGUAGGCCUCCUUAUCGUCAUCACGUUGACCGGAGGAGCCAAGUACCUAAUAAGAUAAAAGAAGAAGUAGUUCUCGAUUGCAAUGAGGCAGCUAAAUUGUUUGGUGGGGUGGUGAUUGGAGAUGAUCGGAAGGAAGCGUUCGAUAUGUUGGACGAGUAUGAUAGGAGAAAUGGCAGGCCUCCUUAUUUGCAUCACGUUGAUCGGAGGAGCCAAGUACCUCAGAUGAAAGGAGUUGUAGUUCUUGAUUGCUAUGAGGCAGCCAAAUUGUAUGGUGGGGUGGUGGUUAGAGAUGGUCGUAAGAAAGCACCAUUUAAGUGGGCUUUUUAA